AGGAGGACCGACGUUGCCGUAGGUGUUCGCUCUUUUCAGGCUCCGCUGGGCAGAAAGGGUUUGCCAUGUCGUCCUUGAUCAGAAAGGUGAUCAGCACCGCCAAAGCCCCAGGGGCCAUUGGUCCCUACAGUCAAGCCGUGUUGGUCGACAGGACCAUGUACAUUUCGGGACAGGUGGGUCUGAACCCGUCAGACGGACAGCUUGUGCCAGGAGGGGUAGUAGAAGAAACCAAGCAGGCUCUUGCAAACAUGGGUGAGAUCCUGAAAGCUGCCGGAUGCGACUUCACCAAUGUGGUCAAGACGACUGUGCUGCUGGCCGACAUAAAUGACUUCGCGACUGUCAAUGACAUCUAUAAGCAGUAUUUCAAGAGUAGUUUUCCUGCUAGAGCUGCUUACCAAGUUGCUGCUUUGCCCAAAGGGGCCCGGGUUGAAAUUGAAGCAAUAGCGAUCCAAGGACCAAUCUCAUCAGCAUGACUAUAAAUGGGACCAGUGUUGUGAAGCGCCUGGGAUUUUCAAAAUAUCUUAAAAUUAACACUAAUUUUUGUAAUCAAUGCUUGAAGUGGAAGCUUGACCAAAAUAAUCUGAUGAUUUUGUAUGUGUGGAAAUUCCCUCUAAGGGGAGAGCUGAACAUGAAUUGAAGAUCAGAUGGAUUUAAUUGUUGGUAUUGUAAGUCACAUUUAUUUACAAUCAAUGAAUGUGGACGAAGGUUCACUCAUUACAUAGUUACUCUGAGUGACAGGAAACAAUAGGUAGAAAAUAUGUUACCCCAGCGGAUAAAUAAUAAGCACACUUAAUCCAAUUAAAUCUUAGUAAUACAGUGAGGGAUUACACUCGUAUCAGAUCCAUGAUUCUGCUUUUACUUGAAUAAAAGUAUCCAAACUGAAUGGCAGAAGCAAAGAAGAAAGUGGACCAAAAUUGUAUAGAGGUAAUCUUUUUCUAAUGGAAAUAAAAUAAGAUGUGCAAGUC